AUGGGAAGAUCACCAUGUUGUGAUAAAAGUGGACUUAAGAAAGGGCCAUGGACACAAGAAGAGGAUCUCAAACUCACUCAAUACAUUCGGAUACAUGGACCCGGCAAUUGGCGAACACUUCCCAAGAACUCUGGACUUGAACGAUGUGGAAAAAGUUGUCGUCUACGAUGGACAAACUACUUGAGGCCUGAUAUCAAGAGAGGAAGAUUCUCGUUUGAAGAAGAAGAGACAAUCAUCCAACUACAUAGCGUUCUUGGGAAUAAGUGGUCAGCAAUUGCUAGUAGGUUGCCAGGGAGAACCGAUAAUGAAAUCAAGAAUUACUGGAACACCCAUAUCCGUAAAAGGUUACUCAAGAAUGGAAUCGAUCCAGUGACUCAUCGUCCUCGGCUUGAUCUAAUGAACCUCUCAUCAAUACUCAACUCAGCAUCUUUCAAUCUCUCAAACCUCUUGAACAUCCAAAACCUUGUAAAUCCACAACUUUUGGGGCUCGCCACCCUCUUGGCAUCGACAUCAUCGUCAUCAAAUUAUCAAGAUAAUAUAGAUCAGUUGCUUCGGAAUAACCUCGUAUACCCCAUGAACCCAAACUUUAAUGAUGGGGCGCAAAUACAAAACGUCGUCACUGAUUCCAUUCCUUCGAGUUUUCCUAGCAAUCAACAUCAGAAUCAAACAUUCGGCCAAUGCUUGUCAGAGAACUUAGUCGACAAGAAUAAUGGACAAAUUACUCAAGAUAACUCGAUACCUUCUUACUUAUUAAUUGACGAUUCUUUUAUCCUUCCAAAUUACAGCGACGAUCAAUUUACAGCACAAGCAUCAGAUAACUCCAGUUUCCAGCCAUCAAAUACUGAAAACAAUAAUAAUAAUAAUAAUUUCGAUCUAGAUUCUAUGUUUCCAACACCCAUCUCAAGCCCAUCACCAUUAGAUUCGUCAUCGAUAUUCAUAAAUGGCAGUACUACUACCACCGAAGAUGAGAAAGAAAGUUACUGCAGUAGAAACUUCAAGUUUGAGAUCCCAGAGAGUUUGGAGUUUGAUGAUUUUAUGUAA